AUGACAAUUGCUAAGCGAAUAUACGUAAUAAAGCUGCCAUUGACUCUUGACGAGUACAGACGCGGCUUCAGGUACGCUCUCAGCAAGUUCACCACGGAUGAAGUAUCAUUUAUUAAGAUGGACAGACAGAGGCAAAUAGAUUCUGUUACGACUGAGACCGUAAAGGUGUUGAAUUUGUCAAAGAGAAUGCCGUAUAUGGUUCGUAAGGUGAUACCAGCGGCAGCGUGUCUCGUAGAGGAGUUCAGCACGAACAUCGAUACGCUCCAAUUCAAGAAGGGCGAUGAUAAAUACACGCACGUUCAUAAGGAGACCAAAUUGAAGCAAAUUGGUAAAAUAUACAGAAGUGAGGAGAUUGUGGACGAAUUGAACACACAGGUUGUGGCUGAGAGUGCAGUGGCAGUGGAGCCAGCCGAUAUGAAACAGAGUUUAGGGGACGAAAGUGGCAUCAUAGGCCACUAUACAAAGACGACGUAUAAAAACAGGCAUUUUGACGAGAAGACGUUCAAAAUGAGGAUUGAUACGAAGGUUUGUGCUGAAAACAGCUUCAAAUUCACAGGGGUGGACGCAGAAGUGGAAGAAUUGGACUUCAGGACAUUUCUGAAGAAUAAAGUUGUGAAGGUGGGUGAAAAUGACUACAGCGGCGACUACGAGAAGAAGUACGGGGCAGUCUACGUCUUCAAAUACGUUGAGAUUGAGCUGAAUUCGAUGGUACUUGGAUGGAUUGCGAAGGAGAUUCUCAAGGUGCUGAGAAACAAUAUUGUUGAAAUACAGCAAGACAUCGUCAAAUACCGUGACAAAUGGAUUGAAAUGAGCGAAGAGGAGCUGGAGAAGAUGGAAAAGGACGUGGUAGAGAAGUUUAUGAAAAAUGUCUAA